AACAAAACGUGUACCCUUAUCUAACCAUACUUUUUACUCUACUCACCACAAUUGUUUCAUAAAGUGAAUGUUGGAGCUUGCGACUUGCGUCUGACAUUUUAGAGAAAUUCGAAGCAGAAGAAGAAAAAAAGAACCAUUUUUCUUUUUUUAAUUUUUUUUUUAUAAUUUUUGAACGCAAUUAUCCUUCUUCACAGAGUUGAUACUUUCAAGAUUGAUCAUCUUCAUACGAGGCUGCUGCUGAUUCAAUAGCUUUGAAUGGAUUUAGAGAAUUUGAAAUGAUGGUAGGAAGCUGGUCACAAUCAGAUUAGACUUGCCUGAGUUAUAAUUAGCCGAAGAGUUUCGUCAUAACAUGAAUAAGUCAAUGGUUGACUUCCAAUCAGCCGAAGAAUGGCUAUCGUACGCCAACGAUCUCGUACCAGUGGCUUUAGAGAAGGCACGAGAGGUUAAAGAAUUCCCCGGAAGAUGGAAAAUGAUUAUAAGUCGGUUAGAGCAAAUCCCGUCCCGUUUAUCAGAUCUAUCAAGUCAUCCAUGCUUCUCGAAGAACACGUUAUGCAACGAGCAAUUAGAAGCAAUUUCCAAAACAUUAAACGAGUCAAUCAAGUUGGCGGAAACUUGUUCGAAGGGAAAGUAUGACGGGAAGCUUCAAAUGCAAAGCGAUCUCGAUUCGUUAUCAGGAAAAAUCGAUUUAAACUUACGAGAUUGCGGGCUUUUGAUCAAAACCGGGGUUCUUGGUGAGGUUACUAUGUCGUCAGAUGUUGAAGGUACAACUCAUCGAAGCAGUGAUAUUCGAGAAUUACUUGCGAGGCUGCAAAUCGGUCACUUGGAAGCUAAGCAUAAAGCUCUUGACAGCCUUGUUGACGUGAUGAAAGAAGAUGAAAAGACGGUUUUGUCCAUCGUGGGACGUAGUAAUAUCGGGGCUUUGGUACAGCUCCUCACCGCUACGUCUCCAAGAAUCCGGGAAAAAACCGUAACCUUAAUAUGUUCUUUAGCGGAAUCCGGUGGUUGUGAAAGUUGGCUUGUAUCCGAAGGCGUUCUUCCACCUUUAAUUAGGUUGCUUGAGUCCGGAAGCUCGGUAGGUAGAGAAAAAGCAGCCAUCACGCUUCAAAGACUGUCGAUGUCCGAAGAAACCGCUAGGUCAAUUGCGGGGCACGGUGGCGUGCCGCCACUAAUCGAUAUAUGCCGCACCGGUGAUUCCGUUUCUCAAGCUUCCGCCACUUGUACGUUGAAAAAUUUAUCGGUUAUUCCCGAACUCCGCCAAACCCUAGCCGAAGAAGGGAUUGUUAAAAUCAUGAUCAGUGUGCUCGAUAGCGGGAUUUUAUUGGGUUCAAAAGAAUACGCAGCCGAAUGCUUGCAAAAUCUCACCGCCAGCAACGACGAUCUUAAACGGGCUGUAAUUGCCGAAGGUGGGGCCCGCAGUCUAUUGGCUUAUCUCGAUGGCCCGUUACCUCAAGAGCCCGCGGUCGCCGCGUUACGGAAUUUGGUCGGGUUGGUAUCGGUGGAAUCCUUGAUCUCACUUGGGCUACUCCCAAGACUAGUCCAUGUUCUAAAAUCAGGAUCCCUCGGAGCCCAAAAGGCCGCCACGUCAUCGAUAUGUCGGAUAUGCAACACGAUGGAAGUGAAAAAGCUUGUGGGUGAAAGUGGGUGUAUUCCGUUACUAAUCAAGUUACUUGAAGCUCAAACAAAUGGUGUUCGAGAGGUGGCGGCUCAAGCCAUUGCGAGCCUAAUGACACUUCAACAUAACCGUCGGGUGGUCAAAAAGGAUGAUAAGAGUGUCCCGAACCUAGUUCAAUUGCUUGAUCCUAGUCCUCAAAACACGGCUAAAAAGUACGCGAUCUCUUGUUUGGGGUUGUUAUCAUCAAGCAAACGGUGUAGGAAACUGAUGGUUUCCUACGGCGCGAUCGGGUAUCUCAAGAAACUCACUGAGUCAGAGAUACCUGGUUCCGCUAAGCUGCUAGAGAAGUUGGAAAGGGGGAGACUGAAAAGUUUGUUUGGUAAAAAAUAGGUUGUAACUUGUAUUGUUUCAUUGUCUUGUAUGAAACAGCAGUAGUCAAAUGUAUGAAGUAACUUGGGAUGUUUCCAUAAAUUUCUACAAAAAUAAAUAAUUUACUUAUGUUA